AUGCCUCGUCAUAGCAAAAAUAAUACAGCACUUUCGUUUUUCACAUAUGCUGAAACUAAAUCCUUAGAAUAUGGGACAAAAAAGCAACGAUUAGGAAGAGAUUCAAUGCGUGAAGUUGAUGCUUGUUAUCUAUGCCUUCAGAGAGCUCGUGAUCCUGUUUGUUGUUCACAUGGUCAUUUAUAUUGUAAAGAAUGUAUAUUAGAAAAUAUUUUGGCACAAAAAAAAGAAAUACUACGUCAACAAAAAUUAUUGGAAGAAAGGGCAAAAGAUGAGAUCGAAGAAGUCAAACGAAAGGAUGGACUGGCUAAAGAAGCCAUCAUACAAGAUUUUGAAAGGCAACAAGUAAAAAUAACCCCAAAUAAUAAAUCUAAAGUUGCAAGUAAAAAAAGAAGUUUUCAAUUAGAUGAAGAAGAUCUUGCAGCGGUAUCAAAACGUGAAAAAGAAGAAGCAUUAAAAAAAAUAGAGGAAGAAGAGAUUGCAUUGUCAAAACCAAAGUUACCUAAUUUUUGGCUGCCUUCUUUAACACCAUCGGCUGAUCCUGAUAAAAUUAAAUCUAUAAAAUUACAAACAAUGUGUACUGCAACUAAUCCGGAACACCCUUUAAGUAUUAAAAAUUUGGUUGCGACAAAAUUUACUGAAACAAAAGACUCAGAUUCAAAAAAGAUUCAUUAUAUUUGUCCAUCAUGUCGUAAAACAUUAACAAAUUCUUUAAAGAUUUGUUUGAUAAAACCUUGUGGUCAUGUUAUUUGUAAGAUUUGCGUUGAUAAAUUUGUGAAAAAAUCAAAACGUUGCUUUGUUUGUGAUUUUAAAUGUAAAGAAAAAGAUAUCACUGACAUGUCUGGUGAAGAACCUUUACUAGACUUGAUGGAGGAAAAUGAGUUUAAUGACAAUGAUGAGCAAGGACCAGAUGUAGAAGGUGGUGAUCAUUAUUGUAAUGAGAUUGUUGAAGAAGAAAAUGAUGCUAAACAAUGGAAACACCACCAAAAAACUAUAUAA